AUGAAAAUCCUUUCAUUUUUAAUAAUUUUUAUCAUUUUCAGCUCCGUUUUCUGCUUCAAAGUCCCAACAGUCGUCGAUACUGUUUAUAAUACCUUAAAGCAGCGCAUCAUCAAAAAGGCAAUUUUCGACGGUUCAGCUCGUUUAAUGGGCUUUCGGAAUGCCGGACAUGCAGCUACUCUCAUGAAAGGUCGCGUUCAUGCCGUAGAAAAGCUCACUGCGUUAUCUGAGACUUUUAAGGAUGAAGUUGAAGUUCUUUCCGAUGCGAUGAAUGAACAAACGGAGCACGUAAUUGACCUUUUGACGCGUCAAAUCGAGAAUAGUGCGGAAUUUCACAACGCAUUUGGCAAAAUUGAGCGUUACAUUCCGAUAAUUGAGACGAGUUACAAUCAAAUGAUGCGAUUUCGGAUUUUUAACAAAGCCCAUCUGACAAGAGAAGUACUGAAAUUCGCGGAAAAUGCCGUCGAUACGAAGGAAAAAUCUAUUUAUGAUGCAAUCAACAAGCUAACAACGUACUUGGGUGGGAGUGAAAUGAUAUCAAAACAAUUACCGAGAAAUGACUUGAGCUCAAUUACGGAAUACUUGGAAGCGAAAUCCGAUGUGACGGAAUGUCAGAUGGUUACAGCGACGAUAGAAACCCUUCAUACCUUCGUGCAAUCGAUGAUUUUGGUGAUCAUGAAGGGCAAAGCUGUUAUCAAGUACGGCUAUAAUAUAAAACAUUUGCAACGAGCGAAUGAAACUUCCUUAAAGGACGACACUCAUUUGUACAAAACUGAGUUGGAAAGUCUCGAAUUGAUGAUCAUGAAGUCUCUGGAACGAAUUUUACUGAAUUUUAUGCAAAAUACCGCGCAUUUGCACCGUUUUUCGUACAAUUGUCGCCCAAGAGAAGGCUACAAAGAAGGUUAUAAUUACGAAAGAUUCACAAAUUUCUUAAGCACCUACUUUGCUGAUGAACGAUUUUUGUAUCAUCCGUACCGCAGAUGGAGCAGCGAGUUUUUUGCUUGUUCCCAAACAUGUGAGGAGUACGAUAUUUCAUCAAAGAGUGACCAUCAACUGCGUUAUUGCAAAGGCCCGCUACGAAAAUGCAAGAAAUUUGAACAAAAUAUGAGAUUAUGUGCUGUUUAUGGCAAAAAUACGACAAAAUUAUUCUCAAAAGACGUCGAUUCUUGUCCAAAAACCGACAUUUUCGAUACAAAAUCGCAACUUACCGCGGAUUUUUUCUAUUGUGACACCUGUUAUUGCAGAUGCGAUGCCCAAAUUGGUCUCAACUUUGUCUACACAGGACCUGUUAUGGCUCCAAAAGGUCACGUGGUUACAGGAGUUCAACUGCGGAAGACAAAUGCCACGAUUUACAUGAGUAUCUUGACGGGGAAACCGAUGCCAAUGGGAUUUGUUGAUAUACAGAAGGCAAAAUGGUUUGAGAUUUCGAGUGAUGUGGAUCCGAUGAAGAAUCGCGAUCGAUAUAUGAGGAUGACGUCGUGGUGUAAGACAUUUGUGCUUGCCGAUGUGGAGUUGGAACGUUAUCAUGUCGUGACAGGCGUCCAAUUUGUCGUUAAUCCGAGAAAUUGUAUGAUAAAUUUGAAAGUUUAUGGCAGUAUGAUCAAUAUUUUGUACGGGAUUUUGAUUCCUAAUUCGACGGUGACAGCGAUGGCGAAACCUUCAGCAAGAAAGAUCUACAAAGUUUCUGUCGAAAAUUUACUUUCCGGCAUCGACGAAAAACGUGACAUCAUCCAAUCAGGCAAACCAAAGCCAAAAUUUAUCACCUUCACAACGACUUCCGUGCAUGAAGAUUUAGGCCAAACCACGAUCCCAUUCUUCGAUACGCAACCGCUCCAAAGUCCCGUUAGCGUUGUGCAAUCAGGCGUUGGCUUAUACCAUCGGUCAACUAAGAACUUUGCUGGUUUCAUCGCGCCUCGCUUGAUCGCGUUCAACUUCACGGACUACUUCGUCGACAUUCAGCUGAUACAGAAACUCGACACUGACCUGAGUGGAAAAAAUAUCAAAACACGCGUGUAAAUUAUUUCAUUAUAUUGAUCUGUUAACACAAGUUGCUUACUUACAAAAAAAAAAAUUAAAUAAAAUAUUUCUAGCGAGAAAAAAGUUCUUUAGCAGCUUCUUUCUCAUGCAAGAAAAAAUUGUAAGCGAGACACCUGAAAGUGCAGUGUAAAAUCAGAAUUAAUCUUUUAAAUUAACAAACACAAUCAAGCAACUCAUUCAUGCA